AUGAAAAGUCUUUUAACUAAUAAUUUUUGGUGUGUGCUUCUAUUAUCGACCGUUGUUUCAACAGAGACUCCUCCUUCAACGCUUACCAGCUCUACUGGAAUCAUCCACAAUCAUAAAGACUAUUUUCCAUCUCAUUCAAAUUUUUUUAUUCAAUCAUCGAUAGCCAUCGAUCGUUUGAAUUGUGCCAAAUAUUGUCAGUAUGAUGAUAUGUGUCAAACAGCUGUUUUUUUUAAAUUAGAAAAAGUCUGUCAUUUAUUUAGUGAACAUAUUCAAUAUGGAACAUUAGUUGAGAGACAAGACGCAAUGGUUAUUCAAUUGGAUAAAGAUUUUUUCAAACGUUCACUUCAGACAUUAAAACAAUUUGAGAAUAAACAACAUAUACCAGCAUUAUUGCAAUAUUACAGACAAAAAACGGCUGCAAAAACAAUAAAAACAAACAUUUGUCAAACACAAAAUUGCAUUGAUAAUUAA